AUGACUGCCGGCCAGGAAAACCGCGAGGAGGCCUACGCCUCUAUCCAGGCCUGGGCGCAAGGGUCCACCGCCUCCAACUUCUACUCUCCUCUCCCCAUGUCGCCACCCGUUCCUAUGUCCGAGCCCGAGCUCGUCAGCGAAGGCGAGCUCACUCCCACGGACUCUGCCUCUCUCGCCGGUUCUGGCGAGGACGUUGCCAACGAUGCCGCCUCAUCGAGGACCGGCGACAACAGCCGGUACUACGAUGUGCUGAGCGAAAGCGAGGGCAUGAUGACCCCCGCGAGCUGGUCUGAGGUUGGCAGCGUCGUCAGUGAAAACGAGAACCAGGAUGCGACCCAAGGCCGUGUCCACGCAUAG